AUGCUUAAUGCACUUGAAACAACUGACGAGGAUGAGAACGUCGUAGUCGCGCAGAAUGGCGACGUUUCGGAUGAUGAUCCACAGGAGAGUACAGCUGAUGAAGAUGACGACAAAGAUAUCGAAGACAAUGAAAUGGUAAGUGACGAGGACAAGGAGAAGAAGUCCAAUAGCGCAUCUAUUCUGCGCCUCGUGCAGAAUCUUCCAGAUGCCGAAGCUAGACGUCACGAACACUUUCGCCGUUCACAUUUCGAGCGCAGUGCUAUCAAGAGAUGUAUGGCGCAGGCAAUUCUUGAAUGCUCAUCUACGGACAAGAGGGUUCCUGGCGUCACUAAUGUCAUGGCAAUUGUCAUGGCUGGUAUGGCAAAGGUCUUUGUGGGUGAGAUCACUGCUGAAGCACGACGGAUGAUGGAAAUAAAUGGCGACACUGGGCCGAUUCCUCCCCGUUAUCUUCGUGAAGCACAUCGCAAAUACUAUAAACGCCGGCCACUCGCACGUGGUCGUAAUCUACGGCGUUUGUUUCGUUAA